AUGCUGUCCCAGGCCGUGGCGGCGGUCAGGAAGCCCACUCUGUCGUCCUUCUCCAGAGGAAUGCAGACGGUCACUCUGAUCCCAGGAGAUGGAAUCGGACCAGAGAUCUCCACCGCCGUCAUGAAGAUCUUUGAGACUGCAAAUGCUCCGAUCAAAUGGGAGGAGAGGAACGUCACAGCCAUAAAGGGACCUGGAGGGAAGUGGAUGAUCCCUCUUGAUGCCAAAGAAUCCAUGAACAAGAACAAAAUGGGAUUAAAAGGACCUCUGAAGACCCCGAUCGCAGCAGGUCACCCCUCCAUGAACCUGCUGCUGAGAAAAACCUUUGACCUCUACGCCAACGUGCGGCCGUGUGUGUCCAUAGAGGGCUACAAGACGCCUUACACCGACGUGAACCUGGUGACGAUCAGAGAGAACACAGAGGGAGAGUACAGUGGCAUCGAGCAUACCAUUGUCGAUGGCGUCGUUCAGAGCAUCAAACUGAUCACAGAAGAGGCCAGCCGACGCAUCGCAGAAUACGCUUUUGAAUACGCACGCAACAACCAAAGAGCCAGCGUCACCGCGGUGCACAAGGCCAACAUCAUGCGGAUGUCGGACGGUCUGUUUCUCAGGAAGUGUCGUGAAGUGGCAGAAGGCUACAAGGACAUAAAGUUCACAGAGAUGUACCUGGACACUGUUUGUCUCAAUAUGGUGCAGGACCCCACUCAGUUCGACGUACUGGUGAUGCCAAAUCUGUACGGAGACAUCCUGAGUGACCUGUGCGCUGGUCUGAUCGGAGGACUCGGAGUCACACCCAGUGGAAACAUCGGAGCCAACGGCGUCGCCAUCUUUGAAUCGGUCCACGGCACGGCUCCGGACAUCGCCGGUCUGGACAUGGCAAACCCCACAGCGCUGCUGCUCAGUGCGGUCAUGAUGCUGAGGCACAUGGGCCUCCACCCGUACGCAGACAAGAUCCAGACGGCCUGCUUCGACACCAUCAAGGACAUGAAGGUUUUGACGAAGGAUCUGGGAGGAAACUCAAAGUGCUCAGAGUUUACAGGGGAGAUCUGCCGCAGAAUCCAAGACAUGGACUGA